AUCAUGGCAGCAUUUUCUUCUGUAAUUUUGCAUUGUUCAUUCUUGUUUAUCUGUCUUUCUUCCAUACUAGCAGUAGCACUAGGUUUCACUGUAGACCUCAUUCACAGAGACUCCAUCCUAUCUCCUCUCCAUAACUCCACCAAGACUCAUUGGGAGCGGCUAAAUGAUGCCAUUCGCCGCUCCACCACCAGGGCCAGUCACUUUGAGGUGUUGGCCUCGCGUGCAAUGGUCCAGUCCCCGGUGAUUCCUGCCAAGGGGGAAUACUUAAUGAACAUAUCAAUAGGUAGUCCCCCGGUUACCAUGCUUGGGAUAGCUGAUACCGGGAGUGACCUCACUUGGACCCAAUGCAAGCCUUGUGUUCAAUGUUACAAGCAGAGAUUACCAAUCUUUGACCCCAAAAAAUCAUCCUCUUUUAAGCCAAUACCAUGUGGAUCCCCUCGUUGUUACACAGACUUGGCGACUAGAACGUGUAAUUCUAAUGGUGAUUGCUCUUAUUACUACUCCUAUGGGGAUAAGUCCUACACAAACGGAGUCCUUGCCUCUGAGACUGUCACCUUCGGGUCUCACACACCCUCGUUUCCAGAAGUGUUAGUUGGGUGUGGGCAUGAGAAUGGAGGCACCUUCAACGAGCUAGGGUCCGGCAUAAUUGGGCUUGGGGGAGGUACACUAUCUCUGGUGUCCCAAAUUAAGCCUACCAUUGGUGGGAAGUUCUCAUAUUGUUUAGUACCCUUCUUUAAAACUGACUUAGUUGGUAAGAUCAGCUUCGGACCAGAGGCCUUAGUCUCUGGUCCUGGGGUGGUUUCGACACCUCUAGUAACAAAAGAUCCAUCCACAUUCUAUUAUCUGACUUUAGAAGGCAUAUCAGUUGGAGAUGUUAAUUUUGAGUAUAAAACAUCAGUCUCUUCCAUGACAAAAAAUAGUAAGUAUACUGAGGAAGGUAAUAUUAUAAUUGAUUCAGGAACAACAUUAACACUGUUGCCUGAGGAAUUCUAUCAGGAUAUAGAGGCCGAGUUGAGGAAAAACAUUAAAGCCGAAUCUGUUGAAGAUCCGGAAGGAGUAAUGUCAUUGUGUUACAAGAGUGAAGAGGAUAUGGAUGUUCCGGUAGUUAAGGUGCGUUUUGCUGGGGCUGAACUCGAACUCAAACCGUCACAUACUUUUGUUAAAGUGCAGGAAGAUAUGGUGUGUCUAGCAAUGUUACCAGCAAGUGAAGUGGCCAUAUUUGGGAAUUUGGCUCAGAUGGAUUUUCUUGUAGGGUAUGAUCUUGAAGAGGGCAAAGUCUCUUUUAAAGCAGCUAAUUGCUCUCAUCACCUUGAAUUAUAAGUCUUUAGUCUUGGUUGGUUUUGGUUAUUGUGGAACUUUAUAUGAUGUUUUCCACUUAAUUCCUAGAUGUUUAAUCAAUAAGAUUAGGUAAGUUAAUUAUCUAAAUCUUGAAUUUUCUUAAGCAAAGUUUAUGUUUAGCAAUCAUAAGUAAUGAGAUGGCAAAUGUGAAAUGUUAAUCACAAGU